AUGAAUUAUAAAAGAUUCAAUUUUACAAUGUUACACAAAUUAUAUUCAUCUACAAUUCAUUAUUGUGUAUUUGGAUUAAUCUAUUCAUUACUAUUACCAUUAUUAUUAUUGUUAUCUAUUGAAACUUCAUUCAUAUCGAUAUGGAUUAAUGGACAAUCUGUGAACAGUUUAUCCAAUUCAGCAUCAGAUACUCGUCAACCACGUAGUCCGACACGUUUGGGUUAUUUGAUACGUGUUGGUCAAAGUUUAAACUUAACAUGUCCUGGUGAUGCUGUGUUUUAUCAGUGGAGUCUUGUUGAUCAACCAUCACAAAUAUUAUCAGAAGAACAAUUUUACACAAUUAAAUCAGCUACAUUGAAGGAUUCUAAUCGUUAUAUAUGUCACGCUGUACAUGGUUAUGGAAGAAGUUCCGUUGAAAUGUCUGUUCGUGUUAUAGAUUUCUCUUCAAUAACAGCACAGCAUGAAUGUGCUGUAGGCAGUAAAACAGGGAAUGUCAACACAAAUGGACCAUGUUUUUUGACAAGUUUGACAGAUAGAGAAUUGAAUCCAACCAAAUCAUGGGGUGAUCAUAUUAUUUUUGAUUGUGAUGCUGUUAUGACUGGAACUGAUGGUUCGUUAGACAACUUAAUUUAUCAAUGGGAAUUUAUUAGUAAUGCUAACAAUAACAUAAAUAAUAAUAAUUUACGAUCUGUUAAACAAGCGAGCAAUAGUGGAUCAGAUGCAUCGAAUACUAUUAUUCAUAAACAACGUCUUCUAGUUCGAGCACCAUCUGUGAUUGGUACAGUUUCUCAUAACAAUUAUGAUAAUGUUAAUCAUAAAUUUGAUUUAAGUCAUUUUCAUGAAUCACAACUACGUAUUGAUAAACUGACUUUAGAUCAUAACGGAGAAUAUCAAUGUACUGUAAGAACAAGAAUAGCUACAUCUGGAGCAGGAGGAGGAGCAACAAUGAACAAUUAUCAUCAAAUCCCACCAAUGAUUACAAGACAGUUUCGGUUGACUGUCAAAUCACGGAUAGAUGGGUCAAUAAUUGAAGGACCUCAUAUUAUCAAUGAAACAGUUGAAGCCGGUCAAGAUGCAAUAUUUCACUGUCAAGUCAAUCCCGAAGAACAUCGAUCAAGUACUAUCAGAUGGGGUAAAAGUAUAGAUAUUAAUGAACGUUUAGCUUAUGAAGCCGAAGGAAGAGAAGUUAUUCAAUGGGCUGGUGGGACAUUUGUUGUUCUUCCAAGUGUACCAACUUCAUUAGCUUUAAAUUAUAAUUCAAACAUGCCAUCAGACAUUUUGUUUUCACCUAAACUAUCAGCCCUGAGACCUUCAUCUUCAUCCUCUUCUGCAUUAUCACCAUCAUCAUCUUCGUCAUCAUCAUCAUCAUCAGUGGCAGCAGCACUACCUUCGGGUGCUGUAGCUACUGAAGUUUCAUCAAGUCAAAGUAGUCAACUUGUAUUAAGACAAGCUAGUCAAUCAGAUUCUGGACGAUAUGUGUGUUCUGUAUUAACUGAAGCUGGACGAGAUGAUCAUAAAUUUGUUCAAAUAUCUGUAGUUGGCGGUUCCUUAAUUCAAGGUCAUAAAUUGACUGGAAGCAGUGGAACACAUCGAUUAACUUUAUACAUUGCUAUACCGACUACUAUAUUUUUCAUAUGCUUGUGUGUGGUAACAUACUGUUUGAUCAGUCGACGUACAGCUCAUAAUCGACGUGCAUCUAAUGUUAGACAUCAGCGUAAUUAUUUUAAUGCUGUACAACAAUCCCAAAUUAAAUCAUCUUCAGUGGCAAGCAGUAGUUCAAUUGGUGUAUGUCGUAAUGGUGGUAUAAAUGGUCAUACUACAAUCACCAGUGAUAAUCGUUUAAGACCAUCUCCAGCCGGUACAGCAUUAGGUACUACAUCAAUAGGUUAUUCAUCAGUUAAUGGUACCAAUUCCAUGAAUAGUUGUAAUAAUAAUAAUGGUCCAAUUAAUACACAAUUAUCAACUCCAAAUUUUCAAGUUAAUUUACACGGUACUGUACCAAUGAUACCAGGUCGUUAUCCUGUUUUAAUUCAAUCCAUUGGCGGUAGUCAACAACCAGUAUCGUCAUCAUUUUAUUCUGUCCCAGAGGCUAGGUCAUUAUCAACGUAUGGUCAAAAUGUAUCACCUGUUACAACUGGAAAUAAUUCGGAAUUUAUUAUGGGCAAUAUGAAUACAACUACAACGAACAAUAGUAAUAGUAUAGCUUGUUAUCCGAACGGUUUAAUUUAUCCUAUACAAAGUGGUCAUAUUAUCAACUCAAAUGCUUCAAAUCUUGCAUCAAAUCCAAUGUUCGGCUCAUCACCGGAGUCUUCCGUUUCUGGAAUAAAUAGUAAUAAUAAUAAUAGUAAAAUUGAACCGGUUGAAGGUAGAUUAAUGUUUCGUCCGCAACCAGCAUUAAUUAACAAUUACAAUUUAAAUAGUAAUACAGCGAAUAGUAGCAGUAAUAAUAAUAGUGAUACAAUUAGACGUUUUGGUCAAUCCACUGGAAUUAAUACCUCAAAUUAUGAAAUGACUAUCACUAAUACACCAUCAGCAUUAUCAUCUUAUUCAAAUCAUGUUAAUACAUAA